AGAAUUAAAUAUACAAAUAGAAGAAAAGAAUGGCUAGUUGUCAAAGACCCAACACCAUUCCGUUAAACUUGUUUCCGAUUCCAAUUAAGUAGGCUGAACCACAAAGGAGCCCAAGUAGAAAAAGAUGUUAAAUAUUUCACCUUUUUUCCUUUUUGUCAUCUUCUCCGGCAAUGAAUGUGCAAAAGACCGAUAGUACACGUCAGUCAAUUUGCAGUACUUAUGCAAUCAGAUACUCUCUCAAUCUAAUAACAAUAAUAAUAAUUAUAAUUAUCUCUUGACUUUCUUUAGCUCUCUUUGCUGCUUUACCGGGUAUUUAAGGAGGCGACUGGUUCUUUUUAUGUUUCUGUUAUUGUCCAGCCUGGACCGGCAUUUGAAGGUAAGGCACCCUUCAUUUACUUCUGUUUGUUUCUUGAGAAAGUUAAAGAAAAAUAGAAGUGAAAAAGAACAGAAACGAAAAUUCAAGAUUCGGGUUUUGUUCUUUACACUGAAAUAAAAAGGUGUAUUUCUUUCUGGGUUCUUCCAUUGCAUCAAAUCAACCAAACAAGAAAGAGAGGUGACAAGUUUCAUUGGAGGCAUUUGUUUGUGUAAACAACCUGGUGAUGACUUGUUUAUAUUGGUUUUCCAGAAGAAAGAGAGCUUCCCCACCUCGAAGAACUACAGAUGUUGCUGAUGAGAUAUCUGGCAUUCAGAAUACUCGCUUGUACACUUAUAAAGACUUGCAAAUAGCAACUGAGAAUUUUAGUCCAGGAAAUAAAAUUGGAGAGGGAGGUUUUGGUUCUGUCUACAAGGGAACGCUCAAAGAUGGCACCGUUGCUGCCAUAAAGGUACUGUCAGCUGACUCAAGGCAAGGGGUGCGGGAAUUCUUGACAGAAAUAAAAUUAAUUACAGAUACAGAGCAUGAGAACCUGGUUAAGUUGCAUGGUUGUUGUGUAGAAGGAGACCAUAGAAUUUUGGUCUAUGGGUAUCUUGAAAAUAACAGUCUUUCACAAACACUUCUUGGUGGAAGCCGAAGCAGCAUCCAGUUCAGUUGGCCUGUAAGGUGUAAAAUAUGUAUAGGUAUUGCCCGAGGGCUUUCAUUUCUCCAUGAAGAGGUCCAGCCACAUAUUGUUCAUAGGGACAUCAAAGCAAGCAAUAUCCUUCUUGACAGAAACCUCAGGCCCAAAAUCUCAGAUUUUGGUCUUGCAAAGCUUUUCCCCAACAAUGAGACUCAUAUUAGUACACGUGUUGCUGGGACUGCAGGUUAUCUGGCACCUGAAUAUGCUCUCCGGGGUCAGUUAACUAGGAAAGCAGAUGUAUACAGUUAUGGUAUUCUACUACUGGAAAUUGUCUGUGGAAGGUCCAACACGAACAGGAGGUUACCAUCGGAGGAGCAAUAUCUUCUUGAAAGGGUAUGGGAAAUGCAUGAGAAGGGGGAACUGGAGUAUAUAGUAGACACUUCACUAAAUGGGGACUACGAUGCUGGAGAGGCUUGCAGAUUCCUGAAGAUUGGUCUUAUCUGCACCCAAGUCAUGCCAAAGCUGCGGCCAAGUAUGUCUACUGUGCUUGGUAUGCUAACAGGUGCAAUAGAUGUGAACGACGAGGAGAUAUCGAAACCGGGAUUGCUUUCUGAGUUAGUGGGUAUUAAAGGUGCCAAUGACCAGAAAGGUAAGGCUAAGACAAGCAACUCAGCCUCAACAGGAACUGCUAGUUCUUCAUUAUCAGAAGUGACUACCUCACAUGCUACCAUGACCUUCAAUUCGAUAUACGACCGAAGCAAUUAAUUCAUGGCAGCUUAAGCUUUUAUUAUAAUUUUUUAUUCUUCUUUGUGGGAAUGAAUAGAAAUAGAUACAGCACAUGUUUUCAAGAAGCAAUUGCUGAGAAGUGCUACAUAUCCUUUUAGUUUUAGUUUGUUUCUGCAUGUUAGCUCAUCUUUGUAAAUUUUCUUUUUUUUCUGUAAAUCUUUUUCUCUCUCCAAAUUUUAUUCUAGAUAUCAAAUCUUUUAUGGCCA